AAAAGCCAGACGUUUGGAUACGACUGCGGGAGAUGACAUAAACUGUGUCAUAGAGCCAAGCCCUUGGGAAUUUAAGAAGUAAAUAAUGCAUAGGUUGUCAGAGGAGCAACUGUACAGAGUCCAGCAUCAAACAAGUCCUUACAAGAGCUCAUCUAACGCUGCCUCACUGAAUCGCCCUCUGCAAAAAAACUGGUAUUCAGUUCAGAAGCAUGGAUAGAAUUAGCAACUUGCCCAUAAACAUAUUAGACCUCAUUCUAGAACGUUUGCCGUUGCACGAUGCAGCAAGAACUACUACACUGUCAAAAACUUGGAGGACUCUAUGGGGAUCACAGGCUGAACUAGUUUUUGAUGAUGUAUUUUUUUCGCAUCUUGUUUCUAAGAAACAUAAACAAGCAUCUGAAAUUUCAUUAACCAUAAGUCACAUUCUGCUGGUUCAUAGUGGACAUAUAUUGAAGUUCCAUCUUAACAUUCCCAAAACUCUGCCCCUUCUAUACACAGAUUCGUGGAUUAGAAACAUAUCUAACAGCGGCGUUAAAAAAUUGGAGCUUUUUAAUAAACGACCCAGUGCCUACAAAAUGCCUUCUUAUCUGUUUUCCUGUUCAGAGUUAACUGAUUUGACGCUUGAUAACUGUAUACUCAGUCCGCCCCUUGGAUUUGGAGGCUUCUGUAAUCUCAUUACUGCUAGACUCUCUCAUGUCCAAAUUACUUCUGACAUGUCAUUCGGUGCUCAACUCGAAACACUGGAUUUGAAAUAUUGCACCAGGACUUUCAAUUUGAGAGGCCAAUUUCGGUGUGAUAACAAUAUCAGGAAGUUGAUGAUCACUUACUGUCAAAAUUUUGAUUGGCAAAUGUUUAAAUACAUCAGGAAUGUUGAAACUCUUGGCUUGGUGUCUGCAUAUCGGUUUCGAAGAGUGAUUAGUUUUGACAGCUUAGUUUGCAAGAUGCCCAGAAUCCAAGUCCUUCUCCUCGAUGUUUUUCCCUUUAAGUCUGUGGAACCAGGUGCAUCUGUUGUUUUUAGGAGACUUAGAAUAAUGGAUAAGUUGAUCUCUCUACAAAUAUCUUUUGGAUUUUAUGAUCUGGUUCAGACUCAGUCUGUUAUUUGCUUGAUUAGAAGCUCGCCUAAUCUGCAAAAUCUUCGUAUAAGGCUGAGCUACUUUUUCUCUUCUGCCUUCAGACUAGGAGAUUCAUUCUGUUUUUCAAGACUCGCUCUUCAUGGAUGAGGUUAGCAUGACAAUUAAUAUAUCAGCCAACUUACAGUCACUGUCCAGUCUCCACAUGGAAUGCAAAACAGGGCUGCAGACAGAAGUUACAGAGUAUUUUAAAAUCCAAGAGCAGAAUAAUACAUGUUUUGUUCAGGGAUGAAUAUCGGGUCAUUUCAGGGUUGGGGAGUCGCUAGAUCGCCCCCCGUCCCCGAAUCUGAUAUCGAUUCCGGAGGCCGUCCCAAUCCUAUGGAUACAUUUGUAGAAAAGUAAUUAACAAUGAAAUUCUGCAAAUUCAUUUCCACAUUAGCAGCAACAUGAAGUCAACAAAGUCUUCCUUAUUUGAUUUGGAUUGUUGUCUUCUAUGUGUUGCUCUUAUUCAUGUUGGCUAAUGUAUGAUGCAGUUAAUAGAAAACCUUAUCCAAUUAAAGGUGAUCAUGGUAUCACAACAGAGGGAGAAGGGUGGUCUCUAACUGUUGUCCUGCUAGAAGGAAUUAAUUUGGCAGCAAUUAGGUUGUCCGAUCCAAGUAUUUGAUUUUGAUGCGAUGAAUGAGCCUCCAUCUAUGCUGGAUCCGGAUGUUUAUGAUUUUUAUGGGCCGUUUGAUGGAUCCAAAUCCCUUGGAACAAACAGGAGAUAUCUUUGGGUGUUUCUCUUGGGUCUGCUACACAUAUUUCAGUGUUUGUGCCAGCAUCGGAAAUGACUGUGAGAGAAACCUUGGAAUUUCUGCCAGAUGUCAGAGAGUUGGAUCACGCUAUGAUUAGUUGAUAUUCAUUGUACUGUGUUCUCAGCACUAAUGUAUUUGCGUGGGGACUGAUAUUCUUAAUUAUCAAUGUUUACACAUAAAUGUUGGCCGAGAUGUCAAGACGGGAGAAUGAUCCAAAGAUAAAGCCUGAUCCUGAUGUUGAUAUCUUUACGAAGAAGACUUGCGAGGUGGAUGAUAGCGAUGAAGAUGAUAUGGAGGAGGUUGAUAGGCAAAGCACCAUCAGUUGCAGAGACAAAUCUGAUGAUCCUCAUAAUAUGUGCGGAGAGUUGCUCAAAAUUAUCGGCGAAAAAGGAAGGACAGAUGAGAACUAAUAUUUUAAAGCACACGCCUGGCUGGAAAAUAUAGAUAUGGAUGUUUAGAUAACGGUGAUAUUUAGGGUUUGAAAGUGGGUCGGUCAGGCUUGAAAUGGCAUGAAGGCAUUCACUGGUUAUGGUCAGACAGCAUUGAAGGUGGUGAACAUUACUCCAUAAUUCACAAAUCAUGAAUUGUUUUUUCGUUAUAAUAGUAUAAUUCAAUCUUUACAUGAAAAAAAUGUGAACUUUUCACACUUUAAGUAAUGAUUUGAAACUUAAUCCCAGUCCUGUCUCACAAAGCAGAGUAGUUGGUUUUCUCAAAAAGCAGAGUAGUCGGUUUUCCAUCUGUGUUAUUCUGCAUCUCAUUAUUUUGUAUAAUAAUAACUGCACCUGGGAUGACAAAAAUAUUCUGCAAAUAAAUUUAUUCAUAUAUAUCUAGAUGAUGCUAGAUUAUUAUGUAGCUCACAGGGUAUGAUUUCUUUUCUUGCAGUUCAGAGGUUUGGUAUUCGACCAUAUAUAUUUGUGUAUUAAGAAUUUUAAGACAUUUCUAUAUCAGAGCUAAUUUGUUCAAUUAAAACUAAUCAUCUCUGAGCAAGAUUGGACAGCCCAAGUGGUUAAGGGCUUAUCCUCUGUUGGCCCAGGUCCUGGGUUCGACUCUGGCUCACCUCGAGAAUAUCUUAGAACAGAUACUCAAAUUGUAAGGCUAUAAGCCACAAUAGUCAAAAAAAAAAAAAAAAACUAAUCAUCUCUGAAAAUUUUGGUCCCCCCUCUGGAAUCUCUUGGCCAAAAUGCUCACAAGCAACACUCUAAUUAUGAAAGAAUUCUACAAUAUUGCUGAGUAGUUGAUUGGUAACAAGUGGAGUUCGUUGGAUAAAGUAGACAUGUAAUAAAAUGCCAUCUGUCUGUAUGAUUUUGAGGAAGAAAAUGCCAGUGUUUUGACUGCGAACACAGAGAAACUCAUGGCUCAGAUGAUCAGGGCCUAUUGAGAUUAUCCAUGUCACAUAUAUCAAACACAAAGGAAUAGGCGAUUCCUGCCAAAGCUUCAUCAGCUAUGCACGUUAUAACCAAAAAGGAUACUGCUGAACGCCUGAAAAAGCCAUCAUUUUGAGAAGAUAUAUGCUACGGAAGUUUCAGGUGCUGCAGCCAGGUUUAGAGAGUUCUGCUUGAAGUUUCAGGUGUUGCAGUGUUGUACAGCUCAACGCUCAAGGCUCAAGUAUUGACUGCGGAAACGUGAGAAGUAGAGGCCAAAAGCAUUAUGUGAUCCUUUCAUUAAUGGCAAUGCUGAUUAUUCAACCUCAUUAUUGGUGGGGAUAAAAGAUGCAUAGAUUAUAUUCCAGAGCAAGGACGAUGCCAGCUUCCUACCAUGGCGCUAUUGAAAAGCUCCUAACUGCGAACAACACAUCAAUGAGGUGCUAUCCUUCCAAUCAAUGGCGACCCUAGGCUGUUUGAUUAUAAAUCAGAAAUUUGUUUGAGCUCCAGAGAUGCGAAAGCUGUGCCAAUUAUGGGACUGAGAUUAGGAGUUCCUGAUCUAACACCAGAAGUUGUGAAUAAUACGAAGAAGGUUGUGCUUGACGCGAUUGAGCUUGGUUACAGGAUAUCAAAUCUGUUUGGAUAGCAAUGUAAGAGUGCCAAAGUCCCCGACCUUACAAAAUCAAUCAUUGUCAGUAAUUUCAGUUGCAAGGAGAUUGUUGAUGUUCUGGCAUUUGCCAAGAUUCCUUCUGCAAUCAAUCAAGAAAUGAUCUACAGCCUAAGAGGCCUUACAAAAUCAAUCAUUUAGCACAAGUUUCUGAGGAUCCUAACAAGCCUAAGAGGGAGACUUUUUGAGCUGAGUUCAAGGAAAAUAAUCCUGGAAAUGCAAAUCAGUCCAUUGGUGCUGCUGCUGGGGGUGAGAAAUGGAAGUCGAUUUCACAGGCUUUUUUAAUGGAAGGAAAAGCUGGACAUCAGGCAUUAGUUUUUCGCAAGUACCAGCUCAUAUAAACGGCUGUUGCAACAAAAGGCCAAGACCAAUGUGGGGACUGAAUAUGUUAUGAAGGUAGUACAAUCAAUAGAAAAGCGGCAUUGCCACUCGGGGGAGGAGCCGCAUGACACAAAUUUUAAAAUAUCAUGGUCUGAGACAUGGCAAUUUUUUCCAUAUAAUGAUAGAAGAACUUUACAAAGUUUAAACUUUGAUUAAAGGUGUUACUGACUUCAUUAUUUCUAUAUGUAAGUUCCUACCAUGGCUAUUGAAAAGGUCCUAAUUGUGAAAAACACAUCAAUGAGGUGCUAUCCCCAGAUUAGCUCUCAUUCCAAUCAAAACCGACCCUGUAUAAAUCAGAAACCUGAAGGAAAGUCUGUAGAUGGUACGCAGUCAUUGACAGUAAGCAGCAUUGAAGAGUAUUUGCAAUUUCCAGAUAUGGUCGACCUGGUUCUUGAUAAGCUGGAAACUGUGGAUAUACUGGGAACAGUGGGUUCGGGGUCUGAGCUUCAUUUUAUAAAGCUUUUGCUUGCAUCUUCCCCUUCGCUUGUAUGGAUGAAGAUUUCUAAGGGAGACACGAUUGAUGAUCCUAGAGAAGAGUUGAGGAUUCUCGGAGAGGUGACUCAGCUUCCUAGAGCAUCGCCAAUUGCAAAGAUAAAAUGGAACUGACUACUAGCACGAUCAGUGAUAGACUUUUAAGUGUACAAACUUUUUAAAACUUUUGUGGAACAGUCUUGUGGUUUAGUAUGUUAUAGGUAUCAGUAAAGUUUAUGUUAGACUUUUGUUAAACAAUAUGUUGAGACUUGAGCGUGUGCAAUAUGUUUGAACACCAAGCACCUUCUUGAAACUGAAACACAUUUGUUUUAUCUUAAGCUGAUUUAUCA